AUGCAGUCGCCAGCAGAGAAGGAGGCCGGGCUCCGGGGCCCGCGGGAGCGAACCGGAAAGGGGUCCCUUGAGGAACGCGCCCGGGGGGCGCCCGCGGCGCAACCCCCCAAGCCAGGGUGGGCCCUGACGCUGGAGGGGCUGGCGGCCAUGAGCCCCGCGCAGCGUCACCGCCACCUGCUCUUCGGUGACCAGCUUGAGGACGUGGGCGCGGCCGCCUCUAUCUUCCCGCGCGAGUCAGUGGAGCUGGGGAGCCGUAUGCCCGACCCGCGUGCGUGGACGCAGUCACCGGAGCCGCCCGGCGUGCGCCAGGACCGGCUCUUCGGCGUCCUCAAGGCAGCCGAGGCCCGGGGACGAAUCCGCGCCUUGCGGCUGCGCUACAUCCGCAUGCGGGCGGAGGAGAUCGCGCUCCUCGCCUGGCAGCAGAAGUCCGCGCGCGCCGCCAUCCGGCUGGAGCUGUUCCUACCGCCGCAGCUGAAGCCCACGCGGAUCCCGGACCCCCUGGAUCGUCAAGAGAGGAGGCGCGUGGAGACCAUCCUGGAGGAGAAAGUUGACGGCAGCGUCUUCCCACGUUGACGCGGCCCCACCCUUCCACAUAAAGUUCUCACGGUUCAAGCGCCGCCUGGUCAUUAAGACCCCUCUCUCCAGGUUCCCCGGGGAGGGGGGGGGCGGGUAUGGAUGCCGCCUUCUCUGCGUCCGAUGUCACAGACAUCGGGAGACACAGAGUGGGGCCCCUCCAACAAAGUAGAAGUGUGCAAGUGGGCAGGCGUCAGAUCAGCAGAGGACGCUGAUGAUCCCUCAAGCCCUGGGGCUGUCCCCAUCCGGCAACCUGGUGCCCUGCAAGUCUGUGAGAGCCCCCAGUCUGAGGGGACAGGAGUAAGAAUCUGAUGGGCAACGGUCACACCUCCAGAAGAAGAGCAGCCUCAGGGAGAAAGUGGGGCCCAAGUGGGACCCCGGGUUGGGGGUCAUUCCAUCAGGGAUCAGAGAGGAGGGUGGCCUUCUGGGCAGGGAGAGUGACUGCACAAGCCAAAGGUGGUCUUUGGAACCAGCCGUGCCCAGGAGGUCCUCCAGAGGACGGAGACUGGGGAAGGGGAGACCCCUCGGGGAGGCCUGCACUACCCCACAGAAAACCACCUUACCAUCCUGAAUGACCUCUUCAGUUCUGCUCGAUCCCCCUUACGCCGCGCGCACACGUGCGCGCGCACACACACUCACACGUGCGCGCGCGCGCAUACGGGAAGGAACCCCCCCCCCCCCGUGUCCCCUUCUGACAAACCCACUUCCUGCAAACCCUCUGGACUCUGAAGAGUCUCCCAAGUUUCUGGAUAUGUCUCCCCUUAGAGAGCUUACUCUUCUCCCAGACACAAGCUCUUUGUAGAGCCUGGAACUUGGCCACCUUUCCCUUUUCUUCCCUCCUGGUCCCUAGCCGGCUCCAGAGGUGGGGGCUGAAAGAACUCAGACAGGUCAUGUCUGAGUGGGCCUCCCGUUGAGUGGGCCUCCCGUUGAGUGGGCCCACAGCAAAGAACUGAUCCUGGGGGGGGGGGUCAUGCUUUACCCACAGAGGUCAGAGCAGGGUCCAGCAAAGACUCCUGCUCAGUGGUGGUGAGUGCCCCUCCCUGACCCGGCUCAGGACGGGGACCUAGCCUCAUGGGGAUGUGGGCCCUCUGAGCCCUCAGCAAGCCCUUCUCCCCCUGCACCUGACCCUUCACCCAUUCUGGGCUGUUGCUUGCCCUGGCCUUGAUCCAAGCCCAGAACUGUGUGUGGAAGCUGGCUUCUGUGGCAGCUCUGGGAGGGAGGGGAGGGCUGUGUGUGGCAGCUGUGGGUG